AUGGAGGCCAAGGCAAAGGAAAGUGUUAUGGAGGCAGUCAGGGCAGAGAGGGAAAUUUUGUUGAAACAAUUCAGUCAACUAAUUCCCAACUUUGAUCCCAACUUGCUCAGUAAAACUCCAACUACACCAAUUACUCCAAUUCCUCAAAUUCCUCAAGAGGAAAGCCCAACAAAUCCAAUGUCUGACAAAGCAAGCUGCUCUAAUGUGAGAGCCUUUGAAUUGGAUGAAGACAAUCCCAUGAAUGAUGCUGAUGCUCUUGAAAACCGUCAAGAUGAAACGGAUCUGUCAAAGCUUGACAUACCAGCUCCUCUGUUAGCCCUAUGCCAAUAUGUCGACACCAAGUUGAAGCCUACUAACGAGACCAUUAGAAUUCACAUGCCAGAGGAAGUGUUUGGCACUGAUCAUGAUACCUGGCUCUUGAGUGAAGACAUUUUAUAG